AUGGACUCACCUCUAAAAGGCUUCAGUAAUUGGAAAGAUUAUUAUGGUUUGUAUUAUUCGUAUUACAAAAAAUUGGUUCGUGAGAAGUCUUUUCUACAAGGACUGAAACAAAUAACUAAUGACAAUGAGACAGAGUAUGGUCAUACGAUUAAUUCAUUGAAGCGUUUCAACAUUUAUCCGGAGGUAUUUAUAGCGAUAGCUUUCAAGUAUUUCAGAAAUAUAGCUGAUAAAACUAAUUGGGUUGUGGAACAAUGCUGGCUAGUUAAUCGAGGUGAAUCAUAUUCUUCAGUAACUAGUUGUGACGGAAUAGGCAACGAGCAAUACUUCUACGUCAUAUCGGUCUUUUCUCUGGCAAGUACUGUCGCUAGUUCCAUAUUUUUACUCGCAUAUACACUCAGCGAGACUGUACUUGGUGGCUUACUUGCAGUAUGUUGUUUCUUUUUCAAUCACAACCAAGCUACUCGAGUUCAUUGGACACCUCCUUUACGUGAAUCAUUUGGUUAUCCUGUUUUUAUAGCUCAGAUGCUUACAAUCACGUAUAUACUAAAGCAUUUAAAAGUUGGCUUUCGCUGGUCGCUUCUAAUCGCUUUUUUUACUACUGCAUUUAUGAUCUUUUGGCAGUUCUCGGCAUUUGCGUUAGCUACUGAAAUGGGCUCACUUUUUGCAACUUUCAUCCUUGAUUUUAUUCCAAUCAAAACGAUGAAUACUAUUGUUCGUGGACAUGCAAUUGCGUUUCUUGCGGCUUUUAUAAUGCUUUUCGGUAAUGAAAUGCUGCUAGCAUCAUUCUACAUGUCCACUAUUGUCACUUUAUUGAUCAUUGUGUAUAUGGAUCGUUUUCUUUAUCAUAUCAAGAAUCGAUUACUGUACAUAUUUCUUAAUAUUGUAUUAUUUGUUGUUGGCACAAUAGGCAUCAAGGUAGCUCUGAGCUUGUUGUUGCGUGUGAAGGAUGACGCUCAUAUAAUGGAUCUUCUUCGAGCCAAGUUUACUAGUUUUGCUAAUUUCCAUACUCGUUUGUAUACAUGCACCGAUGAAUUUAAUUUUAUUGGAAAACAAGAUUUGAUGGAUAUUACAACAACUCUGUUAUUACCAUCUGCAGUUCUCUCGUUUUUUCUUGUUUUUUUAUUUCUUCUACAACACGAGUCAUUAUUGUAUCGAAAUAAGAUUCGUAUCAAACCAUGUUCAGAGAUUGUUUACAACAGUAUUCAAUGUGUUUGCUUUAUCAUUAUGGCAUCGAUUAUUAUGCGUUUGAAACUGUUCAUGAACCCUCAUUUAUGUAUUAUUACGGCACUUUUGACAAAUCAUGAAUUUGUUGCUCAUGUUGUACAAUCCAAAGUACCGAGAUGGGUAAAUCAAGUCUUGAUUGUUGCAUUACUCUCAGCUAUGGCUUAUAAAGGUAAAAUGAAUAUUCAGAAAGUACUAGGAGUUCAAGGAGAGUAUGGUAAUCCAUCUCAAGAAGCACUUUUUCAGUGGGUACUUGAACACACCAAAUCUGAUUCGGUUUUUGCUGGACCGAUGCCUGACAUGGCCAAUUUGAAAUUAUCUACUGGAAGGCCAAUUGUAAAUCAUCCUCAUUAUGAAGAUGCUGGACAAAGAGAACGGACGUAUAAAGUAUAUUCAAUACUUAGCCGUAAGCCCAUAAAGGAAGUUUAUCAUACUCUGAAACAAAUGGGUGUUAACUACUAUAUAUUCAGGCCAAGGUGGUGUGACCCCUCGCAUUCUUUGCCAAACUGCACCUUUCAAGACAUAUGGGAUUUGGUGGAUCCUGCUAAUCGUAAACGUGAAUCGCUUUGUAAGGUGAUUAUGAAUGCGUUAAUUGGAAAAACUAAAACUCUUCCGUUAUUGAAAGUCGUUUAUAUGUCUCAAGAGUAUGUGGUUUUCAAACUUUAG